UGUACUGGAGACCCAGCGCAUCCCAGCAUACGCACGGUACUGGAGACUGAGGGGCAUCCCAGCAAACACACUUACUACUCCCGCCUGCGCGUCCCGGCAUCCCCCCGCCAGCACGAGCCAAACAUCCAGGAUCAUCCGACAGAGCGAGAGGGAGAAGACUUUUGAAAUCUUUUGGUGUGUGAUUUUGUUUCUCGCCGGCUCUUCGCACCGUGGAUACGCUGCCAUGUUAAAGUACACUGAAUUAUUUAUAGACGUGCGUAUCUUCUUGUGUGACAGCUCUGCCCUAAAAGCAUUUUAUUAGACGCCUCUUCCAGCACUAACUGGCACACGACGCUCUUCUUCUCCGCCGAUGCGUCACAUCCAAGAGCGCCGGGACAACCCAACUGGCUCCGCUCUCCCCGCCUGAGCCGAUCGGCAGCUUUUCAGCCGAAAUCUGCAUCUGUGUUGAAUUUUGCUUCGGAUCCAUAAAAGGACUGAUUUAUUUUUCCCAGCUUUUGGCCUUUCUUCCACAGAGGACGCGGUUCCCAUCCCUUCCUGGUUCUUUUUUUUUCUUUCCUACCUCUUCCUUUUCUUUCUUUCUUUUUUAUUUGUUUGGAGGGGACGCUGACGCUUUUUACGCAUGCAGGGAGAAAUCUGUGGUGACACCUGAUCGACUGGCUUCUCCGCGCACAUUGACCCGGGAGCUCCAGGCAAAUCAGGGAGGGAGGAAGCAGAUACUCGGUCAAUGCUCGGCCUGUGCUGUUGAUUUUGUUUGUGCGUGUGCUUCAUCUGUGGGGGUUGUAGCCCAGCCAAAGCCAUGGUCCACUGCGCCGGCUGCGAGAGGCCUAUCCUGGACCGCUUUCUGCUCAACGUGCUGGACAGAGCCUGGCACGUCAAGUGCGUCCAGUGCUGCGAGUGCAAAUGCAAUUUGACAGAGAAAUGUUUUUCUCGAGAGGGAAGACUGUACUGCAAAAAUGAUUUCUUUAGGCGGUUCGGCACUAAGUGUGGCGGCUGUUCGCAGGGCAUCUCUCCUAACGACCUGGUCCGGAGGGCCCGGAGCAAAGUGUUUCACCUCAACUGCUUCACCUGCAUGAUGUGCAAUAAGCAGCUCUCCACCGGGGAGGAACUCUACAUCAUAGACGAAAACAAAUUCGUUUGCAAAGACGAUUACCUAAGCAACGCCAGUGUAAAAGACUCCAACCUCCUCUCAGUAACGGCAUGCAGCGAUCCGAGUUUAUCACCGGACUCUCAAGACCAGCUACAGGACGAUGUGGUCCUAAAGGACACGGAGAUCGCCGCCCUGUCCGACAAGGAGACGGUGAACAACGAGAACGACGAUCAGAACCUGGGAGGGAAGCGGCGCGGGCCCCGGACCACCAUCAAGGCCAAGCAGCUGGAGACGCUGAAGGCCGCUUUCGCCGCCACUCCCAAACCCACCAGACACAUCAGGGAACAGCUGGCCCAGGAGACUGGCCUCAACAUGAGGGUCAUCCAGGUCUGGUUCCAGAACAGACGCUCCAAAGAGAGGCGCAUGAAGCAGCUGAGCGCGCUGGGCGCCCGGAGACACGCGUUUUUCCGGAGCCCGAGGAGGAUGAGAACGCUGGUGGACCGACUGGAGCCCGGAGAGCUCAUCCCCAACGGGCCCUUCUCCUACUACGGAGAUUAUCAAAGCGAGUACUAUGGCCCGGGAGGAAACUACGACUUCUUCCCUCAGGGGCCUCCAUCAUCGCAGGCCCAGACCCCCGUUGAUCUCCCCUUCGUGCCCUCCUCAGGCCCCACAGGCACCCCCCUUGGAGGUAUGGACCACCCCUUGCCAGGCCACCACCCCUCCAGUGAGGUGCAGCGCUUCUCUGAUAUCAUGUCCCACCACCCGGGGGACUCUCCCAGCCCAGAGCCUGGCAUCCCGGGGCCCCUGCACAGCAUCUCCUCCGAGGUGUUCGGCCCUAGUCCACCCUUUACCUCACUAUCGCUGAAUGGCAGCGGAUACAACAACCACCUGUCCCACCCGCCCUCGGAAAUGAAUGAGGGCACCGUUUGGUAGCUUCUUGAGAGAGUGGACUCUACUGGCCAGAGAUUUGCUGAUGGAGGGUGGUGAGCUGUGGUGUUGUUGGGGGCUGGGGUCCAGAACAGGGACAUGGAUAUUGACAGGGUUAGGGCAACGCCAUUGACAUUUUUUUUCUUUGUUUCAGUUUUUUUUUUUUGUUGGUGUUUGGAUAUUUAUUUAUUUUCCUAUUUUAUUUGUUGCUUUUUUUGUGGUUAAAGCGUAUCCGGCAUAAAAAUUAUGCUCAAAAACAUUGUCUUCAGAAUUGUGUUUGGGUGUUUCAAUUGCUUCUCUAAACCCCUCCGCCCCUUAUCCGCCCUGCAUCCAAAAACUGGACUUCCCAAAAAAUAAAUGAAUAAAAAAUAAAAAACCUGGGUGAGACUGCUGAACUGAUCCCGAUCCACCCCUCUUUCUUUGGGCCCAUGACACACCCUGUCACCUCUCCUAAUUCCUGUCAGUGGCCUGGCGUAGCGACCAAACCCCCUAACGCUCACUGGUGAGGUUAAAGACAACCCUUUUGAAAUCUCCUAUAGUAUGUCCUGAACAUGAAAACAUCAUUAGCUACUGUCAAAGACUUCAAUAGCUUUACAGAGAGAGAAUAAAGGGGCCGAGGGUAGCUUGUGUGCUGACCUGGCACUGUAGGAAGGCUGAGCGGCGUUCAGACUAUGUCUGAGGCACUAGAUGUGCCCCUUGUAUUUAUUCAGAAGCUCCUCAGACCUCUUUGCCUCUCAAGGCUCUGCCAUAUUGACACUUAACCUUUUUCACACUAUGUUUCUGAAGGCCAGAGGAAAUGACAAACCGCCUGGACUAUUUGUUUGUUUUGGUUUCAGAAUUUCCACCAAACCUGAAGGAGGCCGCCUUCAAAAGGCAAACUAGUAAAAACCCUCUACGGAUUGCAAACCCUUUAUUUAAAAUGGAAGCGAACUUGAAAUGUUGGAAUGAAGUCUACCUUCUAAAAAUCUUCUACUGAGGUUCUAAAUGGGACUUAGAACAGUCAACUGUUUACGUAAUCUAUUUAAUUCAGGAGUCCAGAAGUCUCGAAAACCAUGUUUUAGAACCUCUCGAUCCAUAUAAAAAUGUUCCAAGCAACCAACCAAACUUUUGUAUUGAUUUCAUUUAUAUUGUAUGGAGAUAAAAACACAUUUGCUGGGGUUGUGGUUCACUGUGCUAGUUUGUACAAGAUGUUGUUUACAAAAAAAUUAAAAACGAUAAAAACAUAAGUAAAGUAGACAUUUGCCAAAUUAAAAAAAAAUAGCACAAAUACUGUUUAAGUGCUUUGCACCAUCAUCGCAGAACGUGUUGAGACGAAAUGUAAGUGUUAAAAGGAAUAAUUGACUUCCUAAUUUUUUUAGUCUGCUGACGAUACAUUCAUAAAAUUGUUAAUAUAACAUACUUAGACAGGUUUUAUUUUUGUGUCUUCAAAGAAGAAAAAUCCAAACUAUUAAAAAUUGAUGGUCAAAUAUGCAGCAAGUAGCUGCUACAUCUCUUUGAAUAUCAAGCCCUCAUGGUAUGUCUUUUAUUGUUCAAAUAAACCUAAGCUUAUGUGACCUCCAGUGCAUAUUAGACCAUUCACUGUAUAAAUACAACAUGUUGACGAAAAUGUGUUUCUAAUAAAACUAGAAAAUAUA